UGAGGGUUAGAAGAUUAUUAAAUUAGUUAUAUUUACCCAAGAUUUUUUCUUAAUUAGUUUUAAUCUUUGUUUUGAAUUUCCGAUUUCAACAAUGAAUCUAUGUAAGGUUCCAGUUCCUGUUGAAGACAGAGAUGGUGAUAAUAGAUGGUUGUGUAUUCAUAACCGAUUCUUGUCGGAAACUAGAGAGAAAGAUGCCGAUGUUAUCUUCAUUGGAGACUCUAUUAUACAUGCAUUGCAACACACUGAUGUUUGGAAUGAUUUGUUUGCUCCUUUACAUUGCUUAAAUUUUGGAAUACACCGUGAUAGAAUUGAAAAUGUACUGUGGCGAGUAAUGAAUGGCGCAUUAGAUAACGUUAAACCUAAAGUAAUUGUACUUCAUGUAGGGACAAACAAUUAUAACAAUUCCCCGGAAGAGAUUAGAGAUGGGAUCAUUGAAAUUAUUAACGCUAUUAGGGAUAGACAUCCCAAUAUUUACAUUGUUAUACCUACUUUGCUUCCCAGAGGUCAGAAUCCUAACCCGUUACGAGAGAAGUUUGAAAAAGUUAAUGAACACUUAAAAGCCAGCAUAGAGAGCUUAGCUAAAGUAGAGUUAGUUUCUAUUGAUAAAGGAUUUGUUCAAUCAGAUGGUACAAUUAGUCACCAUGACAUGCAUGAUUACCUUUUACUAACCAAUGCAGGAAGCAAAAAGGCUUUUGAACCUGUGCAUGAACUUUUACUGCAGCUGCUCGGCGAGGGCGAAUCUGAAAAAGAUUUAACCCCUUCGGAAUAACCAUAAUUUUCACUUUGGUGAAGCUCCUAAAGAAAAUUUGAUACAAAAUAACUAUAACACUUUUAUGGCGAGGAUUUGAUUCAAAAUGAAUUUGUGUUAAAUUUGUUGGAAGAUCUCCUAAUUUCAGGUACCUGUGUGACUUAAUUGAUUGCAACUUAAUUUUUCACUUUUUAUUAUUGUUUUUCAUAUAUUCAGGCAUUUUUUGAUAUAAUAUUAAGUCCAUAAUUACAAAUCAUAAAAGAAUUCAAGAUAUUUGCUCGAAUUAAUUCAUUUGGUCUGGUUUUUGAGAUUUUUUUUAUACAAAACCAUUUUAUUUCCAAUAUAGUCUGGACCAAAGAAAAUUUUAAUCAUAACCCAUUAAGUUUCUCAUCUUUUAGUGAUUUUCUUUCAACAAAGGUUAGGUUUGCAAUUUGCAAUACUUUUGUUUUUCAGCUCUCACAAAGAGAAAUAUUAGUUAUUUUUUGUAAAUAAAAGGAAGUGUUUUUAAAGUUAACAGAGGUAAUGUUAUUACAUUCAAAGUUUGGUUGGUGCACCCUAUACCAAACAUCCAAACAUUCCAAAAAUUUCGCGAAAUGACGCUUUUAUUUAUAACUCAUCUUUUCACAUACCUUAUAUAAGAACAAGAUAUAUUAUGCUAGUGAUCUUCAUAUGCUCUGAAAUUUUGUAUUUUUUUUAAUGGCUUUUUAAGCUGUUAUGUGAUAAUUAAUGCAACAAUAAAGUUGUAAUUUUUUA